AUGGAUAUCAAGAAGUAUUGGUUCGGUUCAAGCAGCACAAACACAAGCAUAAGGUUGGGUCGGAGCUACACAAAACCACACUUCCAAAGCAACCAUGAUGGCCCAAAACAAGUGUGGCACAUGCUUUGGAGAAAACUCAAGAGGGAUAAGAAGAAAGGUUUUGGCUCAAUGGAGGGUAUUUAUGACCCAGAAUCAUAUUCAAUGAACUUUGAUCAUGGAACUGGGUGGAUGGAGCCAGAUAACCUUCCUCGUUCAUUCUCUUCUCGGUAUGCUGAUCCAUCUAGGAUCUUACCACCUAGACAUUUGUUGGAUUCAUGA